ACUCCUCAUUGACCUGAAAAUAUCAAGUAACUCGCUAAUCUGUGAAUAAAUUUAUGAACUGUCGUAAAAAUUAUUCAUUCAGAGUCAUGUAACGUGAUCAGCCACCGUAUAACAUUCCGAUGUUUCGAAUCUCGCUAAGUACGAUAAUCAACUGUUUAAACACGAAUGGAACGUCACGAAACGUUGGCAAUUUUCUCGUUUUUUUCAUCGGAUUAGACGAGCCCACGUUUCAACGUGUGAUCUAUCAAUAGAAUAGCCAAAAAUAACGGUUUUCGUGAAUAACCAACGGGGUCAAAAGAUCGCAAUUAUCACAUUCUUCGACUCGAUGAUUAUUAGUCAUGAAUUUCCUGUACACCACGCGCUAAGUUAUUUCCGUUUUCGAAAGAACAACGAAACAUCGAGAGGAGAAUAUGAGAUAAGAUGAAACGGGAUGGGAAGAGAACGAGAGAGGGGAGAUACACGAGAGAACGCGAUAGCUCACAGAGAAACGGACCCAGAUCGUAUUUAUUAAACAUGUGUACGAAAGUGAUUGGACACGUACACUUGAUGUAAUUCGCAAUCGCUAGCUUUCACAAACGCUAGCCAAAGUUUCGGCAGUUUCGCUUGUUUAUCUUAAAAAUUUGAUAUUCUUAGCUCGACUCUUCGGCCUGUUUUCCAUGAGUUUACAUUUCGAGCCCUGUGUGUAUAACUUUGUAAAUUUCACAAUGAACCGAGCGGAGUAAACCCACGCGUUUUCGACGACCGAACCCUUAUCUGGCUAUGCUGAUACCCUCAAUAUUGGGGAUGGGAGAAAACAUCCCGAAGCCACGGACUUCAAAGUGCGCGGUACGAGACGGGAGAAAAAGCAACGCAUGUAGCACAGAGGCGGACGCAUGAUGAAGCCGGCGAUGAAGAUGGGGGUGAUCGCCCUCGUGGGCGUGUGCGUUGUAUUUUACCAAUAUCAUCUGUCCUUCGGUUUCCGACUCGAUCAAGUCACAGCGUUGAACGGAGGAACGGCGCAAGACGUUGCGGAAUCUCUUUCGAUCAACAACGAAGUCGACGCGUGUUCAUCGCAGCAAAAGUUUACCGAAGAAAUGAUUCGCAACGCCGUAGACGCGGUCAGAUUGGCGAGCGGUUUGGGACCCGAUAUCGGAACCCGUUUGACGGAGGAGUUGGUCAAACAGUUGAGUCAACCGAUAAUAAACAAAUCGUCGCCAGUGGCGGCGUCUCAAGUUCCUCUAACGAGGAUAUCGAACGUCGAUUCAUUCGCCGACGAAACCCCUCUUUAUGUGAUAACUCCGACGUAUCGCCGACCGGAACAAGUACCGGAAUUGACGAGAAUGGCUCACACUCUGAUGCUCGUGAAAAAUGUCCACUGGUUGGUCAUCGAAGAUGCUCAAAUUGCCACGCAGCAAGUAACCGACCUUUUGAAACGGACCGGAUUGACGUACGAACACCUUAUUGCUCCGAUGCCUGACCAGUACAAACUGAAGAAAGGAGCGAAACCUCGAGGAGUUUCGAACAGAAAUCGCGGGCUCCAGUGGCUCAGAGCAAACGCGACGAAGGGUGUAUUUUACUUUGCAGACGACGACAAUACUUACGACAUAAGGCUAUUCGACGAGAUCCGCACGACAAAAAAAGUCUCGAUGUGGCCAGUCGGCCUUUGCACAAAAGCCGGCCUCAGUACUCCCGUGGUGAAGAAUGGAAAGUUCAUAGGAUUUUACGACGGCUGGAUGGCCGGUCGUAAAUUUCCCGUCGAUAUGGCGGGCUUUGCGGUGAGCGUAAAAUUUCUACUGGAUCGACCCAAGGCUGGGAUGCCGUUCAAGCCGGGCUACGAGGAGGACGGUUUCCUGAAGAGCCUCGCGCCCUUCGAACCCAACCAGAUAGAACUUCUGGCCAAUAAAUGCACAGAGGUACUCGCGUGGCACACGCAGACGAAGAAGAACGAACCGAGUUCCGAAAUCGACCGGAAAAAAUACGCCUCAACAAAUCUGAUAACACUGAAACAGAAAAUAGUAUGAUGAUCGAAUGAUUUUAUCAGCUGUUCCUCGCUACUGCUAAAUUCGAUAUUAGAUCUAACGCCAUUUUUAGCGACGGAUCUCGCGACGAUCUUACAAAUGAAAGACGGAAACGACGGCGCAAUGAAACACGUCACGGUUCAUCCUUCAAUUUUACUCACAUCCGCAAUAAUAAUGAAGAGAAAAAAAAAAAAUAAGAACAUUGGUCUUGCUAGAAGCGUACGACCACAGUCGACGCUGCAACCUAGUGCCUAAGCUAUAUCUUCCUACCGUGUUAUUAAACAUGCGAUGAAAAAAAAAAUAGUUUUUUUCACUGAUUUCGAACGAUAGGGUCGACGUGGCGUUCUUGUACCCGUAGCAGCAAUACUGAUAGUCGUACUUAAUAAGGCUCACCUUGAAUUCCUACGAGAAACAAAACGUAACUAUAAAGAAAUCUAAUGGCCAAGUGCAUCCUGCGAUCUAGUCACACUCGGUAGUUGGUUUUUUUUGCUUCCGAACUUUCCGCAUUUUCAUCGACGACAACUUCAUCGUUUAGACUGAAAGUAGGGUACUGACGAUCCAAUUGCAAUAAUCAUGAUAGAUAAACUGAUGCUUUUCCUCUAGUAGAGUGGAAUCUGAAUUUUUUCAUUUAUUUUUACAAAGAUGAAACAGUUUUGAACGUUAAGGUGUCGGCCCUGCGACAAUUUUACAGCUGGGUCAUUUCAUAUCGUUAAUUGUUAGAUCAUUAGCGAUGAAAACUGAUAUUAUUUAAAUCGACGAAGCGGUUACCCGUUAAUCCCAAGAAUCUUCUGUCCUACGGGUUCGUAAAAAAAAAAAAAUUUCCUAAAUCUAGGUCUAAUAUACUCUACAGCGUGAUAGAUACACAUAGAAGAGCACAGAUAUUGAUGGUCUUUUACUAUUAUUAUGGUUAUCAAGUAUAUCCGAGAUUCGAAAAAUCUUGGCAUACAAAAUCGGAGGAGAAAAAAACAGAAUCUUGAAAAUAAAUAUAACGUGCAAUUCAAAAUUAGCAAAUAAUCUAACUCUGCAUUAUACAUUCCAUAAAGAUACUCAGCGCGUCAUUGGCGAUUCAGAAUUAUUUAGAAACAAUUUCCAAGAAUGAAUAAAGAAACGCCGACUUACUUGGAAUUUUGCGUGGAGCGGCGAGCGGCGAAUAGACAUCAAAGGAGACCGCCCGCUUUGUUAGGAAAAGCCGCCAUAAAUCAAAGGGAAAAAUAAUCCUGCAAUAUUUCGGCGAACCAGACACGGUUUGAAUGCACUUACGAUAAGAUUCGCGGUGAACUUAAUGAAAAUAAAUAAGUAGAGUAACAUGUUGACUACUUGAAAAUAGUGCGGUAUGGAAAUGACGUUUAAAAAAUGCGAGAUUUUUUCGGUGAUUGCUUUUGUUGAUGAGCGCAAAAAUGAAUAAGAGUGCGCGUAUUAUAGAGAAAAAUGAAAGCGUUAAUCAAACAAUUGAGUAAAUCGUAAGUUAUAUGCUUGUAACCGAACACCAAUGAGCGACAGAUAAAAAAAAAAAAAUCUAGUUUUUAAAUCAUAUGGCCUGAAAUCACGGGAUAUCUUAGUUAUUAAGAAUUACAAUAAAUAGAAGUAUAAGAGAAACGAAAGAAAUAGACACGUGAGGAAAAUUAUCACAACGAUAAAUUGUGUGGGCGAUAAUGGAGAGAUAAAAAAAAUGUCGGUUCGGGUUCCGAUGAGAAGUGUAAUAUAUUUGUACAUUAAAUUGUAGGUAUGACCUACCCAAGUGUGAGAUUGCUACUUACUCUCAAAACCUAAGUGAUACUCAUCAAAUAAACGAUUAUGAACAGCAUGAA